UUAGGUCUGAAGGCUUCACCUGCUGUAUUGAAGGGGCCUCCUUGGUGUGGGCGUUGCUGGCUUCUGCAACAUGGACUCACAGCACUGCAAAAUGAAUGGUGAAUCUUUCCUGGAAUCUAGGUACAUUGAAGACUCCCCCAAUAAAAAUGGUGUGAUUUCUUUGAUUUUCUCUCUGAAAGAAGAAGUUGGGGCAUUGGCUAAAGUCCUGCGCACAUUUGAGGAAAAAGGUAUAAACUUGACCCACAUUGAGUCCCGACCUUCCCGUCUCAACAAAGAUGAGUAUGAAUUCUUCAUUAACUUGGAAGGCAAGAAUGUCCCAGCACUGGACAAGAUCAUCAAGUCCUUGAGAAGUGAUAUUGGAGCAACAGUCCAUGAGCUUUCACGAACAAAGAAGAAGGACACUGUACCAUGGUUCCCAAGAAGUAUCCAGGAGCUGGACAGGUUUGCCAAUCAGAUCCUAAGCUAUGGAGCAGAAUUGGAUGCUGAUCAUCCUGGGUUCAAAGAUCCCGUGUACCGGGCCCGGAGGAAGGAGUUUGCAGAUAUCGCCUACAACUAUAGACAUGGCCAACCUAUUCCUCGUGUCACCUAUACAGAAGAAGAAAAGAAAACUUGGGGAACUGUCUUCAGGGAGCUGAAGAGUCUGUAUCCAACUCAUGCUUGCUAUGAACACAACCACGUGUUCCCACUGCUGGAGAAGUACUGUGGCUACAGGGAGGACAAUAUUCCCCAGCUUGAGGAUGUUUCAAAUUUCUUGCAGAGCUGCACUGGCUUUCGGCUGCGCCCUGUUGCAGGCUUGCUCUCCUCUCGGGAUUUCCUGGCUGGGCUGGCGUUCCGAGUGUUCCACUCGACGCAGUACAUCCGCCACGGCUCCAGGCCCAUGUACACCCCAGAGCCUGAUAUUUGUCAUGAGCUGCUAGGACACGUGCCUCUUUUUGCUGAUCCCAGUUUUGCUCAGUUCUCCCAGGAAAUUGGACUGGCAUCUCUGGGUGCUCCAGAUGAUUUCAUCGAGAAACUUGCUACGGUUUAUUGGUUUACAGUGGAGUUUGGACUAUGUAAGGAAGGAGAUUCUCUCAAGGCAUAUGGUGCAGGGCUUCUGUCUUCAUUUGGGGAGCUGCAGUAUUGUUUAUCAAGUAAGCCUGAGAUUCAGCCUCUUGUCCUGGAGAAGACUUCUGUGCAGAAGUACCCUGUUACUGAGUUCCAGCCUAUCUACUAUGUUGCUGAAAGUUUUAAAGAUGCAAAAGAAAAACUAAGGAAAUUUGCUCAAACAAUCCCUCGUCCUUUCUCUGUUCGCUAUAAUCCCUACACACAGAGGAUUGAAGUCUUGGACAACGCAAAGCAGCUGAAGAACUUAGCUGACACCAUCAAUAGUGAGAUUGGGAUCCUUUGCAAUGCCCUCCAGAAGAUCAAAUGAAGAUUUGCAGUAACCUGCUAGUGACUAGAAGCUAUCAUGUGCAAGUGCCACUCUUGAUCUAGCCUCAGUCUAUUAUCUUCUAGUGUACUGCAUUAAUACUUACGUUAUAUAUCUUAAUUGUUAGAGAUUAGCAGAGAAACAGACAUCUAUAGGAGACCCUCAGCUCUUCUGGCCUUCAGACACUAAUCCAUUUUUUUCUCACUAAUGUAUAAAAAUUAUCUUUUUCCUGGGAAUCUGGGAGAAGUCUGUAUACAUUUUGUGCCAAAGGCUAGCAGAAGGAGAUCUUCCCCAUGCAGAGCUAUAAUCUGCUGCACCCAUGACGUCUGAGACCAGGGGUGGGAUGUCAAUGAUGAACAGAGUGAUCCUCCUUGCCUUCUCUCACAGUCACUCUCCCCUCAGUGCCUCCCAGUUGUCCAAGAUUCCCAUGGAGUCUGAAACUCUGUACCUUUUGGGGUAUACAGGGAGAUUUUUCAGGGUACAAAGGGAGAUUUCUCUUCAUGGACAGACGCAGCUACUCACAGUGGAUGGCUGAUGCGUGAAGGCCACAUUUUUUUGUGUGUGUCCUUCCCUGAGAAGUGUCUGUUAACUUUCUGGUCUCACAAGGUGGAAACCAGCACCUUGGAAGUGGAGAGGAAGAAGCCUGCUACAAUGCAGCUGAAGAUGACAGAGCCUCCUAACCCAGUGCAUCUGUGGCUAGAGUCCCCGCCAAAGCCAUGGAAGACCUGGGUCAGCUCUGUCCCAGUCUAACUGCAUUCAAACCCAAACAUGUUAUCUUUCAAGACAGGUCCUAAGUAACAACACCUUUUUGUAUCUCCACUGCCCAUCUGAGCUUUAAUCUCCCUUUUUUUAGGUGAAAGCAGUUUUGUUUUUCCUGGAGUAUAUGUCAGCUGAGUCAGCAAAUGGAACCAAAGGUGACUCCAGCUUAACUCAAUGGCUGAGCAUGGAGAGAGGAGUUUUGCUGUUCAGGAAGCUGUUUCUGUAUUUAUCCAAUAAAUUUCACUCAAAUCAGCUAAAUGCCCUCUUGGACUGGUUCACAUUUUAUAGUGUCUCCUUGUAGCUCCCUGGUUGAAGGAGGGGACUUGGCAUUGGAACAGAAUGGAGCAAAGUGAAGCAGAGCAGCGUUUCCAGCUUGAAACAAUUUUGCAUCAUGACACUAACAUGGCUCAGGGGUCACAUUUCUGUUAGAGGAUUGAAAGAUGGAGAGGGAUUUUAAAGCUCAUGAGUCUCAUACCUGCCAUAGUACCAAUUUCCUAUUUAUGGUUUGAAAAUCAAUACUGCUUUAAUGUAAGCAUCAUCCUUUAGGACGAUAAGAAAGUACAGUUCUUUUCAUUAUAUAUAGUGGGUAAUAACAUUAAUCUAAGAUUACCAGCUGGAACCCUUUUCAAUAGACAUAUGCUUAUGCAAAAUGGUAUCAUUUUGGUGCUUUGAAGUAACCUUUUUUAUCUCAGCAUCUUUUUAUUCCUUUUUUUUUUUCUCAUCACAUUGUCUCUCUAGAUCUUUCAAUCCCACUUGACAUGUAUUUUCAGUGUGAAAGUAGCCCAUAUAAUAUUAUAUUAUAAUAUAAUAUAAUAUAAUAGGACCCAUGAGGUAACUGUAUGCCACAAAGAGACAAUUUCAUCCCUAGGGUAAAGUCUUUCAAUCUAAUCCUCAGACAGCUUUCCAAGCUCCUCUGCUUCUGGCUGUUGCUAUGAAUGACAGGGGCAGUAGUUCUAUAGUGAUAUUGAGAGCCCAAGACUCAUGAUUUUCUUUUAUGUGCAAGUGGAAUGGUUAGAGAUCAUUGAUGCCACAUGUCUGGUUCUCUGUCCUUUAAUGCAGGUUUAAAUGAGAAAUAGCUCCAGCCAAAGCAGCAUAGCAUGGCUGCUCAGCAAGACAGAUGAGAAAAAAUUAAAUGUUCAGCAUUUUAAAAGCAGAGGAAAUGUAUGCAAAGUAGAUUUUCUUGCAGAACAAAUAAUCUUGUACAUAAGUACUUUAAAUACUACAAAUAAAUCACAUUUUAAAUAGUACUCCUUAA